UGCGAUUUGGGAGUGUGGAAUUUCGAAGAAGUUAAGUGUGGAGUCUUCGGUGUGAGAGUAGUGAUCACUCAUGGUGUAAUUCGUGUCGUCAAAGCCCAAAACACUCAUCGCCACUCACACAUAACAUCAGACCAAUUUUCAACCAAUCAACCAAUUAAUAAUUAAUAAAUUGUUAAUAAAUUUUAAAAUAUUAAUUUUAAAUUAUAAUUGAAAUAAAUAAAUUAUUAAUUUUCAAGGGGGAGUCACUUCAUAACUUCUGACAAUAUUUGGCAAAUUCCGUAAAAUUUGUAAAUUCCGUAAAUUCUCUAAAUUCCGUAAAUUAAUAAUAUGUAUUUGCUGAGGGUAAAUAAACGGAUUUUAACUUCCGUCAUCAACUCUAAAAAUUUUAACUCUUUUUUCUUGAGAAACCGCAGAUUCCACAGUAAAUCCACAGCCAGCAGCGGUUCCGGAGUCGCCAACAACUCUACCCCUGACACUACUGAUGCUACUGACACCACUGGUACAUCUGACACCCCGGGUACGGAUAAGAGAACCUUUUUAUGGCAGCUGAAGGUGAUUUCAAUCGUAACCUUCGUCCUCGGCUCCUCCUACCUCUCCUACACCUUCUUCUCCAACCAAAUGGACGUGGAGCGUACGAGGAUGAAGUUGAGUGUGAAUUGGGACUCGUUGUUCUACGGUAACAAACUAUCCCAGAAACACAAAGCCUUUCUCAACUCACGUUACAGCAAUUCGCUGUCCCCCGAUUUAAACACGGGACUUGUUACUUAUUUCUUCCACAUAGAACACAGUAAAGAGACUGGAUUUAGAAGAUCUGACGCUGUGGAAUUGCUGUCACAAGUUGGCAUUGAUGACAAGAAUAAAACAGUACAAAAGUUCAUCAAAAACGCGAAAGCCGAUUCCCACGAGGACAAAAUGCAGUGUGGCUGCACGUUGGACGAGUUUGGGCGUUUAGUUGAGUCGUUGGUACUUGAGCAAAGAUUACAAUCAAAUAACAAUUUUGAAUCGGAGCUAACACACAAACUCACACAGAUCAACUCCGACAGAAUGGAGGAUGUGGGUUGGGAUAUGAAGAAUGUGAGUUGGGAGAUUGGCAAUUCUGUGGUAACAGAGCCUGCAAGGGAAAUGUCCAAUGAAAUUCUAAAGUAUAACAAAUCCCACUGGGAGGAUGAGGAGGUGGAGGAGUUGGAGUCUGAGUUGGCGAGAAAUAUGAAGUUGAGGCUGAAAUUGGAGGAGUUAUCGAGGAGGAGAAGGUUAAGUGACGAGGAACGGAAAAGAUUAACAAGUGUCAAUAAUGAAAUUGUACUAAUCAACAGUGAAUUACACAAACUCAAAUACCACAAACGGAAAUUACUACUCAUAUAA